AGUUUGGCUGCGUUCAGCAGACUCAACAUGUUGAGAUAUUCGUUUAGAUCAUCCAAUCAGACUUUCGGAUUUAGAAAAAUACACCAAUAACAGCGAGCGCUCACUCAACUGUUGAGUCUGCUGAACGCGGCCAUUAUGAGUCACAAAAUAAACGCGGGAAAUCUGUCAAACAAGUAAUAGCGGCGUAAUAAUGGCGCAGCGUCGUAUAGACUCUUUCUUCACUAAGAUAACGCCCAAGAAGGAGAAUUCGAGUGAGGAUAAUUCGGAGAGCCACAGCUCAUCGGACAAGCAGGAUGCAUCGGAGAAUAACAAACGGAAAAGAGAUAACAGCAAGAGUUCCAGUUCUCCACCUUCAAAGAAGCAAGACAUUAAACUUACAAAGCCAAAGACAAUUUCCAAGAGUCCUUCACCAGGUGCAAAGCCUCGUGCAAAAUUAGGAGCUACUCUGAAAAGUAAGCCAAGUAAACUAUCUCCUGGGGCAUCAAAAAAAGCUGAGAAGAAGCAACAGAAAAAUACACCUGGUAAGAAAAAGAAAAAGGAAGAAGCUGAAACUGUAAAUGGCAAUGUAGAAGAAGAGGUAAAGGACACUCAAAUAGCAAAUGGUACAGUUGAAGGAAAAAAGAAAAAAGAACAAAAAUCUGUCUCUUCAAAGAAGAAAUCUGAAUCCAGUGAGGCAAAAAAGACAAAGACUGUAAAGAAGAAACGGGCAAGGAUAAUUGAGCCAAUAGAUUCAAGUGAUGAUGAGGGUCAUCUAUCUUUACCUGAAAGUCCAAAAAAGUCAGAGGUUAACAGUGAGGAGAAGGAAAUUGAAAGCAUAGAUGAAACCAGCGAAGUAAAUAAAGAUCCUUCAGACAAUGAUUUAAACAAUAGUGCCUCAGAUAAUGAGGAGAAGAAUGAAAGUUCAAAGAAAGAAACUACACCUGAGAAGUCACCGACUACUUCCAAGAAUGAAAGUCCUAAGAAGGAGACUAUACCUGAGAAAAAGGCUAAAAAAGUACACAACUUUUUUAUGCCUAAACAAAAAGACGACACAAAGAAUGACAAAGUGAAGAAUGCGAAAAGCAUCAGCCAGUCUUACAAUCCAGGUGCAUCUGUCUAUCAUCCGAUAGACGAUGCGUGUUGGAAACGAGGAGACAAAACUCCAUAUAGCGCGUUUACACGCACUUUGGAAAUUAUCGAGGAGACGAGCGCAAGAUUAAAGAUAAUAGAGAUACUGUCAAAUUACUUUCGAUCUGUCAUAGUUCUGAAUCCUGAGGAUCUUCUGCCGAGCGUUUAUCUGUGUCUUAAUCAAUUAGCGCCGGCGUACGAAGGAAUUGAGCUUGGAGUCGCUGAUAUGAACUUGAUGAAGGCGAUAGCCCAGUGUACCGGUAGAACAUUAGCGCAAAUUAGAGCCGACGUUCAGGAGGUUGGCGAUUUAGGAAUCGUGGCGGAAGGUAGUAGAUCUAAUCAGAGAACUAUGUUUCAACCGGCGCCAUUAACGGUUCCUAACGUAUACUCCAAACUGAAGGAGAUUGCCCAGAUGACGGGUCAAGCGUCUCUGUCGAAAAAAUUGGAUAAAAUUCAGACGCUGUUUGUGGCGUGUCGUAACACAGAAGCAAGAUACCUUAUUAGAUCAUUGGCUGGGAAGCUUCGCAUUGGAUUGGCAGAGCAAUCUGUUUUGCAAGCAUUGGCUUUAGCUUGCGCGAUGACACCGCCGCAACAAAGUUAUCCACCAGAAAUUUUAAACGCAAGCAAAAAGAUGUCAAGCGAUCGCUUCAAAGAGAAGUACGAUGAAAUAGCACUCAUAUUGAAAACUACAUAUUGUGAAUGUCCGAAUUAUAAUCUUAUAAUUCCUGUCCUAUUAGAGGACGGAAUUAAUGCCUUGCCGAGCAAGUGUAAGCUCACUCCUGGAAUACCUUUGAAACCCAUGUUAGCGCAUCCUACUAAAGGUGUUCAAGAAGUCCUAACGCGAUUCGAGGGUUUGAAAUUUACUUGUGAAUGGAAAUACGACGGCGAAAGAGCGCAGAUACACGUCGCGGAUAAUGGUCAAGUGAAUAUAUACAGUAGAAAUCAGGAAAACAAUACUAGCAAAUAUCCAGAUAUUAUUAAGCGAUUCAAGAAUACUUGCGGCGAUCUGGUGAAAAAUUGCAUACUCGAUUGCGAGGCGGUUGCUUGGGAUAGAGAAAAGAAUCAAAUUUUACCAUUUCAAAUACUCAGCACAAGAAAGCGAAAGGAUGCUAAUGAAGAGGACAUCAAAGUACAAGUAUGCGUGUUUAUGUUUGAUCUAUUGUACCUAAAUGAUGAACCGUUGGUGAAGGAACCAUUCAUGAAACGUCGUGAGUUAUUGAAGCAGCACUUCAAGGAAGUGGAAGGCGAAUGGAAAUUCGCCACUAGCUUAGAUACUACAACAAUGGAGGAGGUGGAAGUCUUUUUGGACGAAUCUGUGAAGGGAAAUUGUGAGGGUUUGAUGGUGAAGACGCUGGAAAAGGAUGCGACUUACGAGAUCGCAAAGCGAUCGAGAAACUGGCUAAAGUUGAAAAAGGAUUACUUAGACGGCGUCGGUGACACGCUCGAUGUAGUCGUGAUCGGUGGUUAUAUCGGCAAGGGAAAAAGAACCGGUACUUACGGUGGUUUCCUCUUAGCUUGUUAUGAUCAGGAAAACGAAGAGUAUCAGAGCAUCUGUAAGAUUGGUACCGGCUUCAAGGAAGAUGACCUCGAGACUCACACCAAAUUCUUCAAGGAUCACGUAAUACCGCAGGCCAAGUCGUACUACCGUUUCGAUAGCAGCCAUGAGCCGGAUCACUGGUUUGAACCAAUUCAAGUCUGGGAGAUCAAGUGUGCCGAUCUCUCCCUCUCACCCGUCCACAGAGCAGCUAUCGGAAUAGUUGAUCCGGAAAAAGGAAUAUCUUUAAGAUUUCCGCGAUUCAUCAGGAUUCGCGAGGAUAAGACCUGCGAGCAGGCUAAUUCUGCACAGGAUGUGGCGGAUAUGUACAAUAAUCAAGAACAGAUCAAAAACAAAACUUCAGCGUUGAAAGCUACGGAGGAAGAUUUCUAUUAAUUUCUUUCCUUUUUUAUUUCGGGACGCGCAAAUUAAUCCAAUAUAUCUUGUACUUUUUAUAAUCGUUAAUUUUGUAAGGAAUAUUGUAAAUAAAACAAUUGAUAUAGCAAAUUGUA